AUGAAAGGACAUACAGAACAUCGAGCAAACGAAUGGAAGCCGGAAGAGAUUUAUCGCUCGUGUGUUCAAGCAAUGGAAGGACGUUGCUCACGACGAAGUAAAACAAUUCAUGAGCAAAAGCUGGCUGUUAAAGAAUUUGUAGCCAAGGUCGAAGUGCUGCUAUUGAAUGAGCUUGGACGUCAUCUUGAGCAAAUAAAUGAGCCAGAUCGUCGAAUGAUAUCCCGAUUAAAUCGAGCUUUAACGUCGAUUGAACUUCAAGAUGAGCGUCCACUCUUAUACCAUGUGCCUUCUCCCUCCAGACCUGCCUGGAAGUUGUGGAAUUUGGAUCAGGAAGAUCCUAAUAAAAUGUCAGACUUAUUAGAACUAGCCGGAGAUUUGCUUCAAAUUCCUCGCGAAGAUCAUUUUCCUGAAGAAGAAUUUCAAAUUAAAGAUAAAGCUGAAUGGAAGACACGUGAAGCUGCAGAAGCUAUUGCCCAUUGUCUAGGAGCUCGUUUAGUUCUCGACACAUCUACUUCAUACUCUCGAACAGCAUCUCCAGAUAGUCGUCGAACAUCAUGGGAAGAUCAACGACGACGAGGUAACAGUGUUGAUUCUCUGCGUCGUCAUUUACCCUUAGAGCCUAGUGUUUUUAUACGUGAUCGUCCAUCUGUUAUGUCGUUCAGAGAGCGCUCCAUACCAACUGAUUCUGCACGUAGUUUUAAUGAUUCAUUCAACUCAGACCAGUCUCAUCGAAGCUUUGAUUCGAAACCAGGAUCUGUUAUGUCAUCCAUACCAAUGUAUCCAUGUGAUCAAUCGCUUGGAAGUGGAGCAUCAUCGAAUUCGCAAGCUGUCACACCCGUACCAACAACAAAUGGAGAUUUAGGCAAUAAGCUAAAUCCUCCGCCGGUGGCUAAUGAAAUUGUAGAUAGAUUUGGCAAAAAAUUCUUGACAAGACCAAUUUGUGUCCAAUCGUUUAAUACUAAGUCUUAUCCAAAUUCUAUUGCUAUUUCAGACAGCUGCGGAGGAGUUUACAUUACAAAUUUACAAGGAGAAAUUCAAGAGCAUGUUCUUAUUAAGAAUUCGUCAGCCAGUUCUAUUGCUUUUGAUGAAAAAAAUGAAUUAAUGUAUGUGAGUGUUAUGCAAUCGAAAGGUCGCUCUAUUCACGUCUUCGAUGUCGCUAAUGAAUUCAAGAAAAUUGAGGUGAUUCCAUCUCCGAAAGAACCGAAGAUCGAAAUUAGUCGGACACGUUGGAUUACUGUUGCUCCUCGUGGACAUCUCUACAUGGUUUCUGGAGACAACAUGAAGAGUGCUCUAUGGUGUUAUAUUCGAGGAAGAAAAGGAUGGAAAACGUUAAAAGAAUCUCGGAAGACUCGUUUCCAAUAUCUGAGUGUGGCGGAGGAUCAAGCGGAAUAUCGCGCUGUUGUUCUACUGACCUGCGAUGCUGCAAACAAUCGACUUCUCCUGUUUGUAGUUGAUCACUCUCUUUCACUGAUAAACGAGUAUGAUCUGAGCAAAACGUAUCGUCUUCAAGAGCAUAUAACUAGUCCUGCCAGCGCCAUUGUUGAUGUGCAAGGUAAUCUUAUCAUAUUGGAUUAUGCAACAGGAAAACUGUGGAUUCUAUUAUCCGGUGUAAAGGGUGUUCGUCGACUUAAGCAAAUCCAACUUGCCGAACCAAUAGAACCACAAGAAGCUUUAGGAAUAUGCACUUUGAAAGAUAACAUUCUCAUUGCAUGCUUUGGACAACGCGAAAUCAGAAUAAGCACAUACUUAGAUAACGGAGUGUUUAGAGGGAGCGCAUUAACACCUCAAACGCGGGCUGUCUCUGCUUCAGCCGUAUCUAAUGGUGGAAGACGAAGUACGAGCCUUCCCAGACCAUCGGAAAGCGCUCUUUGA